GUGGGAGAGGUGCUCGGGCCGCUCCGUCCCUCGCCGGGCCGCGGCUGAGCCCCGCGGGGAGCGGGCAGGAGGCGGGGGCCGCGGCCCAGCGGGGUUUGGGCUCUCCGAGGCUGUCCCGACGGGAGCAGCGGGAAGGGGCCCGGCCCGGCUGCUGCCCGGAGCGAAGGCGCUGUGCCUGUGGCCGGGCUGCGGGGCCGCCCGGGCAGGUGCACCUGGGAGCGCGGCCGCGGAGGCGCGUUGGCUUGCCGUCGGUUGUGGCUUCUCUCUUAGGAACUUCUGUCGUGUCUUAGGGUGCAAGUGGACGGAAGCAUCUUCACAGCCAAACGCGCUUCGUACCUUUUUGCUUAGAGGUAGUUGGCACGCCAUGAGCAGUUCUGAGCGGAGGAAGGAGAAAUCGAGAGAUGCAGCAAGAUGCAGGAGAAGCAAAGAGACCGAAGUGUUCUACGAACUGGCUCACGAACUGCCCCUGCCCCACAAUGUCAGUUCCCACCUGGACAAGGCAUCCAUAAUGCGCCUGGCAAUCAGUUUCUUACGCACUCACAAGCUUCUGUCUUCAGUAUGUGCCGACAGUGAGAACGAACUAGAGGCAGACCAGCAGAUGGACAACUUGUACCUGAAAGCUUUGGAGGGAUUUAUUGCCGUGGUGACACAGGAUGGAGACAUGAUCUUUUUGUCAGAGAAUGUCAACAAAUACAUGGGUCUCACCCAGGUGGAAUUAACUGGACACAGCAUUUUUGACUUCACUCAUCCAUGUGAUCAUGAAGAAAUCAGAGAGAAUCUGAGUCUGAAAAACGGUCCAGGCUUUGGAAAGAAAAACAAGGAGAUGUCAACUGAGCGUGACUUCUUCAUGAGGAUGAAAUGCACCGUUACCAACAGGGGCAGAACUGUUAACCUCAAAUCUGCCACGUGGAAGGUUUUGCACUGCACUGGACAAGUUAAAGUGUAUAACACUUGCCCUCCUCACACUUUGUGUGGGUAUAAAGAGCCUCUUCUCACCUGCCUUAUAAUAAUGUGUGAGCCUAUUCAGCAUCCUUCAAACAUUGAUAUUCCUCUGGACAGCAAGACCUUCAUGAGUCGCCAUAGCAUGGACAUGAAAUUCACCUACUGUGAUGACAGAAUAACAGAAUUGAUUGGAUACCACCCAGAGGAGUUGCUGGGCCGUUCAGCAUAUGAGUUCUACCAUGCCUUGGACUCAGAGAACAUGACCAAAAGUCAUCAGAACUUGUGUACAAAAGGUCAAGUAGUGACUGGCCAGUACCGAAUGCUUGCCAAGCAUGGUGGAUACGUGUGGCUGGAAACUCAAGGGACUGUCAUUUACAACACGCGCAACCUACAGCCUCAGUGUAUCAUCUGUGUCAACUAUGUGCUGAGUGAAAUUGAGAAGAAUGAUAUUGUCUUCUCUAUGGACCAAACGGAAUCACUCUUCAAGCCUCACCUGUUGACGGUGAGCAGUGCCUUUGAGAAUGGGAUCCCAGGGAGGGACAAGAGUGAUUUAUUGUUUACUAAGCUAAAAGAAGAACCAGAGGAACUUGCACAGCUGGCUCCGACACCUGGAGAUGCCAUUAUUUCCCUGGAUUUUGAACUCCAUCCAGGGAUACAGAAGUUUGAGGAAGCCCCUGCCUAUCCCGGUGCUGUUUUGACCCCAAACAAACCGUGGCCAGUAGAAGUGAAAAGCCGUGCUGCUCAAGGUGAAACGCUGGCAAUACCAUCCUUUACAAUGCCUCAGAUUGCACCUGGCAGCAGUACUCCAAGUGCAAGCAGCAACAGUAGCUGUUCCACGCCAAACAGUCCAGAGGACUACUACACUUCUGUGGAUGAUGAUCUUAAGAUUGAGGUGAUUGAAAAACUCUUUGCCAUGGACACAGAAUCAAAAAGUCAGUGCAACUCCCAGACUGACUUCAAUGAACUGGACCUUGAAACCUUAGCUCCUUACAUUCCUAUGGAUGGAGAGGAUUUCCAGCUUAGCCCUAUCUGCCAAGAAGAACGUCCUCUCUCUGAAAGUGCACAAAAUACCCAGCAGAGUCUAAGUAGCAUGAGCACCAUCUUCCAACCUCUUGCAUCUGCUUCACAGAAUCAGUUCCUCCCAGAGAAAUAUUGCCCACAGCUAUCAAAUAAAAACAUUAACCCUGGUCAUGGGUCCCUAUCGUCUGUGUUCUUCAACAAUAUGAGUAGGUCAUCGUUGCCACCAUACCACAACCAAGCCAGCACUCCGCUGUCUUCGAUGGGGGGUAGACCAAACACCCAGUGGCCACCUGAUCCGCCGUUAGAAUAUGUUCCUGCUAAAUGGAGACUCAUGGAUAAAUACUCAGGAACCCUAUCAAGUUCCCCCUCAGGACCCCCAGUACAUUCUCCCAACAUGCCCAUAUAUAAAAAAAGGCCACUGGAUGGUUUGGGGCAACGAAGCAUAGAUAUAAACCCAGCAAGAAUUGCUUUGUCUAAUAGUUUGAAGCUGAAGCGACAAUUGGAUUAUGAAGAGCAAGCAUUGCAACAGCUGAGUGGGGGAGAUCUAUCUGUCAUUAACCCAUCUCAGUUAAUGUGGAAGAGAAUGAAAUUUCUCAAAGGGGAAAACUGUUCCUUGCUUACAGAAAAGAAGUCUCUCAGCACAAGUGUUCUUACUGAUGAGUUUGUCUGCAACUCGAGAGGUCUGAGCCAACCAAUGAAUCAACUGCAGCAGCAGCAGCAACAACCCACCUGUGGCAGUCCUGGUGAAAAUCUGAAAGCGGGAGCAUUUUCCCCUCAGUUUUACAGUCCCCAUUAUCAGGACUAUAGUGUGCAGUCAGCUCAUAAAGUGUCAGGUGUGACAAGUCGUCUCCUGGGGUCUUCCUUUGAACCGUAUUUGCUGCCUGAGUUGACAAGAUAUGACUGUGAGGUAAACGUCCCUGUUUUGGGCAGCUCCACGCUUCUGCAGGGCAGUGAACUGCUCAGAGCCCUGGACCAGGCAACCUGAGCAAUCCUGCAGUAUUCCUUGGCCUAUACUGUUCAAAACAGCUUCAGUUUUUAAAUAUAUUUUUGCAAGUAGACGAUUUCUAAUACCAAUACACUUUUACAGGAUUUUACAUAGAUAUUGAACCUGUCCACAUUACCAAAUAGUGGCCUUUUGAAGUUACUCACUUUUAUUAUUCAUAUUAAAGAAAUACAUCUACUGUAUUUUCUCUAUUCCAAUUAAAGUGUUGUUUAGAGAGUUUGAUUGCCCUCCCUUUAUCUUGUUACCUGUAAUUUAUACUCUCAAAUUUCCUUCAAUUUUCAUGCUAGUAAAAAGCUGUGGUGUAAAUGCCUUGUCGUGUGAUACUUUGGCUGCAGUACUGCAAAGAUUUAUUUUUAUUGCCAAAGGCGAAUGAAACAAAUUUUUAUCUCCAACCACAGUUUUUUGUUCAUCUGCCAAUUUGAAAUCCUUCAAGUCCUUCUGUUUUACAGCAUUUCUUGCAUUGUAACUUUAAUAACUUCUGGAAAAGCAUAGUAAAGAAAAAUCCCGGCCUUCUGCCUUCCUCCCCUUCCCUACAUACCUUGUUGAAAGAAAUGUGAAUGGUGAACUACAGUGUUUGUGGGUAUCUGUGAAGGUUGCACAUCGUAAGCUUUUUUCCUCAGAAGCAAGUCUUGUUCUCAGCUGCCUUAACCUGGCUUAGCUCUAGAGACAUGAGAGUCCUACAGAUUUAUCCCAGUGGAGGAUUCAGACCAGUGUUUUUGUUUGUGUUGGAGUUCCUUGCUUGUUGUAUUUUCGGUUUUGGUUUUUUUCUUCAUUGUUCCCUUUAUUUUUUACACAAAACAGAUUUUUUUUUUUAAUUUCUCUUUGGGUCAGUUGUUGUUAAUCAAACAUCUCUAGGUACUUUUGCUAUAUCUAGAACACAACAAAGUUAAGAGCUGUUUCUGCUAGAACUGGUAGUAUUUUUUGGGAUUUUUCUGACGCUUCAGGUAUCUGACCAAUGGCCAGUACUAACACCUCUGAAUACUGCUUUUUUCAUGGUGUAUGACUGGCUAGCAAUAUAGUUUCAAUAUUGAAACUAGAAGUAGCAUGGUCUGGCAUAUUAUGCUAACUCAGUUGUAAGUGGACAAAAAGAAUUAAGAAUUCUGUAGUAAGAUGAAUUACUGGCAGACAGGUUUUUCUCACUUUAACUUACCUUACGUUUUAAUCAAGAGCUGAAAUGUUAUUAAACUCAGCCAGAUGUUUUCAGGGCUCUUUUUCACCUAUCAUGUAUUGUCAUGCACAUUUUUAGAAAUAAGGCUAUGAAUGCUUUCAAAUGUUGAAGAUUGAAAAUUAGAGCGUAUUUAAGCAGCAAAAAUAUUAAAACUAAUAAAAAUAGGUAGGUAGUUUUGACUUUGAAAUAACCACAUAUUGAGAUAUUUAUUGAAAUCCAUCUUGUUUCCUCCACUGGUAUAAAUCAUCGUAGCUGAAGAAAAUGGAAGAGUGGCAAUGUACAAAAGGUAUAAAAUCUGGCCCAGAAACGUUAGAACAAAGGUAAUUGGUUUUAGAUGUCCAGUUCCACUGAAGCCUGUUUUAUGAAUUUGCUUUCUACAUGCACUGACACUUGCAGAGAGGGAGCCUUGGGUUCAUUGAGCACUUCAGAGAUUGCUGUGUUAAGUGAGUCUUAACCAUACAUACUGUGCACUCUUUUGAAAGUGAAAGAUCUUAUGUUAUGUUAGUACUGGUAUAUAAUGUUAAAAAAAAAAAGAUGAUUGUCCUUGUUGCAGGCAGAUCUUUCGAGAGUUGUUUUGUGUUCUUUUUUUCUUUUUACCAAAAAUAAGCUACUCAUAAAGUGAAUUUAUUCCUAAUGGGACAAGUAUAGUGUAAGCAUCAAAAUGUAAUGAAAAUUGGCAAGCCGGAUUUGACAUUUUUCAGUGGCAAGGACUUAAAGGCAUCAAAGAUUAAAGACACUUGAAUACUGCUUUUUUUCCUGUUUCUUGUUUGUGUAGUUUCAGCAUUAAAAAGUUAUAUACCCUAACAGUUUACUAAAACACUCUGGAAAAAUAUUCCCUGUCUUAAUAUUAAUCAUACUUUUUAUCAUAAUUAUUUCAUAAUCUAUAUUGCUGAAUUCUUAUUGACAAUAUUAUAACUAUAUGGGAACUUUAAUUUGAUAAGGAAAUGUAUUUUGACACUGAUACCUUAUUAAAGUAUACUGAUCCUAAA